AUGGGUCGAUUGAAACGAUUUAACAACGAUAGUAUCGGUGGUAUGAUACAAAACGACUCUCGAGAAGCACCAGCUGACGACGACGACCACAGAAGCGAAACUGGAACUUACACCGUCGACGAUCCACAAACUCGAGAAGCCAGAAGGAAGAUUGACAUGGUGUUCGGUGUGGAAGAGGAUGCUUUCCAAGAGUACAACGCUCGAAACAAAACCCUGAACAAGAACAAGCAUGCUGUUUCCGUCACAAGGACGCAACCCAUCGUGGCUCCGCCGAGACGCAAUCGAACAACAUCUUCUUCGACCUUCCUGGCUUCUUCAGUACCGACUCCGAGUAACAUGAUGUCGGAUUCGAUGAUUUCGUCCACCAUCAGUUCCGGUUCUUCGACCGGUGGUCUUCCGUCGAAACCCUCCAGUAUUCGCAAUAAACCUGUAACGGUCUCGGCUCGACAGAACCGGAGACCUUCGAGCUCUGGGGCGUCACGACCGUCGACGGGCAAGAGCCCUACGGCCGCGACCCCGACCAAGGAAGCCCCGCGGCCAAACACUGCCAAAACCCCGACGAAGACAACCCCGCUCAGAAGAGGACCCUAUGGUGGGUCGGACUUUAGCCUCGAGUCGUCAAAUUCGUCCGGAUCUCAUCUCACAGGAGGAGAAUCGAUGAAAGUCAAUCGGGCUUUCGCUUUGAGAAGAGCUCGCUUAGGACUUCAGGACAACGUUGCAUCCCAGAAGUCGCACCUUCUGACAGGAAGCAACCCUAACCUUUUCUCAAGGCAGGAUGGGGGUCGCUUCUCGAUGAGGCUUCUCUCAUCCAAGCAACGCACUCGGCCAGGGGCGGAAAAUCUACCGCACGGUUCGAGCGUUGCUGGAGUCCCGAAUAGGAACUCGGCUUCUCCGAAGACGUGCAGACGAAACGAAAGCGAUCCCUGCAACAUCAAUCUUCUGGGUCAGGACGACGCAGACGAUUUAUCCAGGCCUGAGCUCCGGUCUUAUCCACACGGAGUGGAUCCUCUGAGUCAGUCGACGUUCGAACCUUCAACUCAGGGACACGAUGUCCUGUUGAAGGACAGUGAAAUGAGCCGCAGCGCCUCAUUCAACGCUCAUCCGAGAGCGGCGAGUCCGCUUCUGUUGAGAAAGGAGACCUUCCUCAAGCAGAAAACCUGUCCGCAACAUCAAGCUCUGGAGAACGAAAGACAACAUGCAGCCGCCGCAGCUUCAUCGCGAACGAAUUUCGGAGGGAACAGACCUUCAAGUCGAACAGCGAGUCCAUCGCGAGCUGCUUUCUCUCCCCAGUUGCAAAGACGGACGGUAGGGUCACCGCAAGUGAUCAGGAAGGUGCUCCCCUCUCCGCAGGCAUCUCCAUUCCGACAGCAGCCGCAGCAGCCGCUGCCACCUCAGCAGCUAUCGCAUCAGCCAUUCCAACAGGCGAAGGCAUCUCUCGGCGAGAAGGACGAACCUCAGGGCUUAUCUGCUCUGGAUCAACUCGUCAUCCAAGCCAUCUCGCAACUCUCUGGAAAGCUCAGGCUCCGAGUCGGUUCGCUCAUGGAACGCGAGAGCAAGAGGUAUCCUGAGGGAAGCGAUCAAUCUCUCCUCAUCACCGAGCUGCUCUCGGGUGCGAUAGCCCCUCCACCAGUGGUGACGGAUAGUGUAGAUAUUUCAAAAGAACUUUCGGGAAUUCUCCGCAAUCUCAGAAACAUUGAAACCUCGAUCAAUACACUUCUGGCUCUGGAACCCGCACCGCCGGUCGUCGAGCUGCUGGGAGAGACCCCACAGCUAGAGGAAGCUCAGAAGCUGCCAGACGCCGAAGAACUUGGCGAUACGGUUCCACGAGGUUUUUUCACUGUGGCCUUAUGAAGUUGAGUCUCUGAUUGGAGGAAUCGGAUGAGAACGCCAAUCCCAGAUGGGCUGCUAGGUUUCACGGCGGUUCGAGCUUUCGAAUAGUUUAGCAAGGGGGAAGAUUUUUUCGUAAUUACUUCAUGGCGGGAGUUGGAGCAAUCGGCAUAUGCGUGAGGCAAUGCGUCGGAGUCGAGAUAAGUUGUCAGUCUACACUGGUGUAUAGGACCGUGAUUGUACAUAGAUUCGGAAAUGCGCAGGAAUCGGCGUGAAAAUGACUAGACCCUUCUGAUAUCCUCGGAUCGAUAGAAGUUUUGAUGGAUGGCGAGGCCCCGGAAGUUUGGGACAGACUCAGAAGCCUCGGAGUAUUGUGCUCGAUCGGUGAAGGAUAGUGUCGAUGAAAAGCGGGGAGCGGAGGAGGACUACCACUGGAACCGAAGAAGGAUAUCACAUGAAUCGACCUGCUAGAGACAUCGUCCCUGCACCAGGGUCAUCUGAUUUAUACUGUGAGAUCGAGAUAUAAUCAGAG